CUAUUUUCUGCAUUGAGGCAACUUGUUUUCUAACGCAGCCCGCGAGGUUCUCUGUGUGGGUGGAAAUUUUCCAUAAUACAUAUUUAUACCGUAGCUGCUGUCCAUGUGGCGCAUUUGCUCUCUCAAAACUGUUUCUAGGGACUGGAAAUGAAUGUCAUGUGGGCAAAAAUGAACAUGGUAUUCUGUUAAAGCAACAGAUCACCAAAAAAAAUGAUGCCUGCUCUGCUUCAAAGAAAAACUCAGGGGGCGGUGAACUCCUGCGAAUGGAGUAGAUGAGGCUUCAUUUGCUCUGGCUUGGAGAGCAGGGGGUGUUCUUACUGACAUAUGCCCACUACAGUCCUAUGGCUUCUACAGCAGCAGAACGGCAAUGGCAACUUGGAGUACUAUGUUGACUCUGUGUACAGCUCCUACUCCACACUCAUGGGACCACUCACGAUGGAAGACAGCAGAAGGGUUCAAAUGCUGGCAGACACUGUGGCUACUUUGCCUCGGGGACGAAAGCAGCUUGCUUUGGCCAGAUCGAGUUCUUUAGGUGACUUUUCCUGGUCUCAAAGAAAGCUUGUUACUGUGGAAAAGCAGGACAAUGGAGCAUUUGGAUUUGAAAUUCAGACCUACAGACUCCAGAACCAGAACAUCUGCUCCUCAGAAGUGUGUACCAUGAUCUGCAAAGUACAGGAAGACAGCCCGGCCCACUGCGCUGGCCUGCAAGCUGGUGACAUCCUUGCAAAUAUCAAUGGUGUGAGCACAGAAGGCUUUACCCACAAACAAGUGGUUGACCUGAUCCGUUCGUCAGGAAGUCUGCUAACGAUAGAGACUCUUAAUGGAGCAAUGAUUCACAGGAGAGCAGAGCUUGAAGCAAAGCUGCAGGCUUUAAAGCAAACCUUGAAGAAAAAAUGGGUGGAGUUCAGGUCUCUGCACUUACAGGAACAGCGCCUGCUGCAUGGAGAUGCAGCUAACUCGCCAAACUUGGAAAACAUGGACCUGGAUGAGUUGUCCUUGUUUGGAAAUCUUCUGGGGCCAGGCCCAGCCCUCCUGGACAGGAACCGAUUGUCCAGUGAGAGCAGCUGUAAGAGCCGGUUGAGCUCUGUGACCAUGGACAGUGAAGAUGGCUACAGGACAAGUGUGUCUGAAGACUCCAGCCGGGGUGCCUUCAGCCGACAGACCAGCACGGAUGACGAGUGCUUUCUCUCUAAGGACGGAGAUGACAUUCUGAGGAAUGCUUCUUCCAGGAGAAACCGGAGCAUCAGUGUCACUAGCAAUGGAUCCUUAUCCCCCUUGUGGGAAGGCAAUUACUCAAGUAUGUUUGGGACUCUACCCAGGAAAAGCAGACGGGGAAGUGUCCGGAAGCAGAUUUUGAAAUUCAUCCCUGGCCUUCAUCGUGCAGUGGAAGAGGAAGAGAGUCGCUUCUGAUGGGGGGCAAAGACUAUUUGAAUGGGCUGGUUUCACAAUUCUCUCUCCACUUGUCUAGAUGAGCUCUACCUGACUUAGUGGGGGAAGGACAGCCUGGCUGAGAAGCUCACAUCCCAUUUCACAGCAGCGUUGACCUUUAAGUUCUUACAUUGCUAUUUUUGGGUCUAAUAUCAUUUCUUUUUUUCUUCUGAUACAGUUCAAGUUCUCAGAAGACAUCGGGGGAAGAAAGUUAUAGGUUAGAUAAUGUCAUACUGCUCCUCUCCUUUCCAACUCUAGACACGAAAGUACAAAAAAAGUAUUUAUUUUACUGGCUAUGCAUGUAGGAAGUGGAGAACUCUUUGGAGCCAAGUGUGAAUAUGGACUGAUAGGAUAUAGUUAUUGGAUUGCCUUCUUAGGUUAUUUGGUAGACUACAACACCCUUUGUUUGCUUAACUUACUCAGUAGCCUCUGCGGGAGCCUUCGUAAGAGAGAAAUUGAAAAAUUUUCAGACUAUUAAAGGAUCAUAAACAAAGAUGACCAUGGGCAUCUUCUCACAUUGACAGUGACAGUGAGGCAGGAGGUUAGCAUUGGUGGGAAGGGCUAAGCUUCCUGAGAAUCAUGGAAUGUGGUGUUGAGGUGGGCACCUGGGACCAUUACCCCAUGCUUUUCUUUUUGGAUGUCCAAAUAAAAUGAAUGAAACUCUCAUUA